AAACUGCAUGUUUCCGUUCAACUAGACAGUCGAUCUUUUUCGCUUGUUUAGUGCAGUAGUCAAGAUGGGUAAACCUCGAGGUGUUCGUACUGCACGCAAGCAUGUGAUUCAUAGACGUGACCAACGUUGGAACGAUAAGGACUACAAAAAAGCUCAUUUAGGAACAAGGUGGAAGGCUAAUCCUUUUGGAGGUGCCUCUCAUGCAAAAGGAAUUGUCUUGGAAAAAGUUGGGGUAGAAGCUAAACAGCCUAACAGUGCCAUUCGAAAAUGUGUAAGAGUACAGCUCAUCAAAAAUGGCAAAAAAAUUACUGCAUUCGUACCUAGAGACGGUUGUCUUAAUAAUAUCGAAGAAAACGACGAAGUUUUAGUUGCUGGAUUCGGACGUAAAGGACAUGCCGUUGGUGAUAUUCCCGGAGUACGUUUCAAAGUUGUAAAAGUUGCAAACGUUUCCUUGCUUGCUCUUUACAAAGAGAAAAAGGAACGUCCAAGAUCGUAAAUCCUAGAUUAUGUAUCAUUUUAAAACUAUAAAACAUUUACAAAAUUUUUAAUAUUAAAUAUUUUUAAUUCACAUAGAUACAAACAGCAAAUGAACCGAUUUCUUACUAGCAUCGUUAAUAUAUUAAUCGCUUUUUAAUAUUUUUCGUUUUGAAUUAUGUGGAAAUAAUAUUGCAUACAAAUAUUAACACAUAUAUUUAAUAUCAUCUGUUGAUAUCAUAAUGUCCUCUAUAAUAGAAUUAAACGAUUGUUUAUUGAGA